AUGAUCGCGAAGAUCAAGGAGGGUCUGGAGAAUGACUCCCAAGCGUGGCAAAUUGUGUUGCAAGUUCGAGCAGGUCGGACAAGGCAGUUCACAAUGCAGGGCGGGGUCCUCUACUAUGCCACCAACCCAGUCUACCUUCCUAAAUGGGCAGAUGUUUGCAGACAUGUCUUGCGAGAAUGUCAUGAUUCAGUUUGGGCGGGUCAUCCAGGACAGAAGCAAACAAUGGUGUUGUUGGAACGAGGCUUUUAUUGGCCUAGCAUGCGGGACGAUGUGGAGAGGUAUGUGAGAACUUGUCUCCCUUGCCAACAGGACAAGGCCGUCAAAAUGCAACCUGCGGGGCUGUUUCAACCUCUUCCAGUUCCGGUCCGACCUUGGGCGAGUGUGAGCAUGGACUUCAUCACCCAGCUGCCCAAUGAUGGAUUCGCCAGUAUUAUGGUCGUGGUUGACCAAUUCAGCAAGUUACUUGAUGCGGCUCAAUUCUCCUACAACUUGCAGAAGAGUGAAUCGUCCAAGUACAGCCCGUUCGACCUAGCCACAGGACAACAACCUCUCACCCCGCACACAAUGUUGACAGGUUACCGAGGUGCAGAUGUCAGUGCUACCGAACUCUUAAAGACUUGGAACGAAAGAGUGGAUUUGGCACGGUAUCACCUGACUCAGGCUUCCGACCGCAUGAAGAAAUUUGUCGAUCGGCAUAGGAGGAAGCUUGAAUUCAACGUAGGCGACAAGGUACUCGUCCGCAUGGAUCAGAAUCGGUUCAAGAUGCCCAAGGGAUUGAGCGCAUCAUUGGUUAGGCGGUUUGAUGGGCCUUUUGAGGUAACUCAAAAAAUCAGCCCAGUUGCAUACAAACUCUGUUUGCCUCUGCAUUCGGGAACCCAACCCGUCUUCCACGUCUCUCAACUAAGACCCCAUCAUCUUGAUGAGGAAGACUUAGUGAGGAACAUUCCGCACAGAGGACCAACUAACAUCCUUGACAACCCAGAAAAGCGCGUCACACAGGUUUUAGCCACGCGAAUUCUUGGAGGGCGGAAACGGAACAUCCGUGAGUUCCUGGUUGUGUUUGAGGGACAAGAACCUGAAACUGCCACUUGGGAGCGUGGUGAAACGCUAUGGCGAGACGAGAUCAUCAUGCAGUUCCUCGAACAGAGGAACCCUUCUAAGCCAAAAUAA